GAGUUUAUUUUUUUUAAAACCCAAGCCAAGGAAUUUACUUUAAAUUCAAAUAAAUAAUAAAAUAUUUUUUUAACCAAAGAUUUGUUAGUUGCAAUUAUGAAAUCUAUAAAUAUAAAAUGCCUACGAAUUUUUUGAAGUGUUUAGUGGUUGUUGUAGUGAUAUUAGUUUUAAUAGAUACAUGUGGUGGCGGGAAAGUAGUUAAAAAUAAGAAGAGAAAGGUGAAUAAAAGGAGUGAUGUGGUUAAGAAAACAGAAACAGCAGGGAAACUGUACAAAAAUGUUACUUCGUCACCGGAACAGGGAAGAGGAUUUGCGUCCAGUAUACUGUCCCUGGGCAGAGUGUUCAACUUCUUCCCCGUGGGAGGCGAGCGGGAGUGCAAGCCGGCCGGCGACACGAUUUCCCGGACCGGCAUCUGUCUCAACCCGUACGACUGCCGGCAGAGGGACGGCCGGGCCGGCGGCGACUGCGCUCACGGUCUGGGCGUUUGCUGUGUGUUCGAGGUGACAUGCGGUGGAAAGAUCGAGAACAAUCUGACGUACUUCAUGUCGCCUGGUUUUCCGGAGGCCUGGAACGAGAAGGGAGACUGUGACGUCACUAUACACAAGACCCACGCGGGGAUCAUGCAGCUUAGAAUAGACUUUAUACAGUUUACGAUCGGUCAACCAAAUAGGACAACGGGUGUGUGCGAUGAGGACGCCAUGAUUUUGGGGGAAGGAGAUAGUAAUUUCACAUUGUGCGGACAAAACUAUGCACAACAUUUAUACUACACAUUGCCGAGCGGGUCAGAGAAGCGUGAGGCCGGUGACCUCCCUGACACCAAGAGUACCCGGCUCAGCAUCAGACUUCGCAGCUCGGAGAUGCCCAGUAUUUGGCUGAUGCGGUUCGCACAGAUGCCUUUGGCCAACUCAGCACCUCACGACUGCCUUCAAUAUUACACUGAAAACAAUGGUACAAUCAAAACCUUCAACUACGCAUAUAAUGGACGCCAUAUUGCCGGCCACGAUUACAGAGCGUGUGUCCGGAGGAACAUCGGCUUCUGUUCAGUUCGGUACACGCCGUGUGACAGCCGCUCCUUCAGGAUCGGCGGGCGGAAUGGAGCAUCCAGCUCGGAUCCUCCAGUAAUGGAAGAAGGCAUGAUGCCAGCUGAUGAUGUUCAGACACAAGAAGAUGAAAUGGAAGGUUCCGGAGCUGAUCCUAAUAUAGCACCUUCUAUAGCUGUUGAAAAUAAUGCAGCUGCGCCGGGCAUGUUAUCUAGAAUAUGGAGUUUUAUCUUCCCAUCUUGGCUGUGGGGGCAGAGUGGCCGAUCCUGGGCUGGCGAAGAAGAUUUACAAGAUACUCUUAACAAGAUAGCAAGAAGACAGAGCCAAAAUACCGAAACUGGAAGACGGUGGAAUUAUGGAGAUAGCAAAGAAGAAGACAGCAGAUGGAAUAGAAGAGAAAGAAGAUUUGAUGAAAAUAAUAAAUGGAAUCAAAAUAAUAGAAAGAAAGAUGUGAAAAAGAAAGGUACUGAUGAGCAAAGUAAAACUUGGAAAUGGAAUCAUUGGUCGCCUUACGCUCAGCAUUAUAGUCAAGGAGAUGAUAAAUUGAGAUAUCAUGGCUAUGGGAAGUAUGGAGCUGGGUUGGGUGGCAGAUAUGGAAGGCAAAGAUGUCGCGACAGGAUUACUAUACCGUGUGAGAACGAGUAUUUCGUUUCGAGUCCAUCAUUUGUGCCGGGUGUUUGUGAUCCCCACCACUGUGGAGAUUCCUUUUGCCCAGGGGUCAGCUUCGACCAGUGUCGGGUCGAGACCUCCAUAACUCCUUUCGCCGUGUCAGUACAUUUUGGACAAGCAACGCCUAAGAGGAAUCCAGAAGAAAAUAUCGGAGCUUGUAUAAGAUACAGUCAGUUGCCUUGUGAUUCUUGAGAAUGUGGAAUUUAUCAAACAGUAUUCAAAAGAUUUUUUCAAACAGAUUUUUCUAUAAUGCUAAA